UUUUUCGGUGGGUUGCCAGGUUGGUGGGAACCGUAUUAGGCUUAUUUUUUUCUUUUUUUUCAAGUAGCCUAUGUUCAGUUUGACUCAUGCACUGAUUAGGAUCCAACGAAAACUAUGCUGGUAGUAUUGUUCAACAAGUAGGCUAGGUCGCCUGUCGUGAUAUAUUAUAUUAUGCGAGCGAUGGGCAAGUGAUGCGCAUCACAGAUCACGAAAGACAACGCGAUACGCCGGGUCUAGACAGACGCUUCUUUCACACUUUGUGCCUGGUGGCAAACAGCUGUGUCAACAACAUGGAUUGGUAUCAAACGCUGCGAUUUCUGAUAGUACUUUUGUCACCCUUCUCAGUGUUUUGCGACCCAGGGUUUGCUCCGCUGGACGGCAGCCCACCCUCAAAAAUUGCAAUCGUAGGGGCGGGGAUCGGAGGAACGGCUACCGCCCACUUCCUGCGCCAGCACUUUGGCCCCGAGGUCAGCAUCGACGUGUUCGAGAAGGGUGAGGUUGGGGGCCGUCUCGCGACGGUGACGGUCAACCAUCAGGACUACGAGUCGGGGGGGUCUAUCAUUCACUCCCUCAACUUGCAUAUGCAGGACUUCGUCAAACAGCUGGGACUAAAGUAUCGUCGCAACGUGGCGGGGAAAACGGCUGUCUUUAACGGAGAAGAGCUCAUACUAGAAGAGACAGACUGGUAUCUGCUGGACCUGCUGCGUGUGUGGUGGCGCUAUGGCAUCAGCUUCAUCAGACUGCAGAUGUGGGUGGAGGAGAUCAUGGAGAAGUUCAUGAGGAUCUAUAAGUACCAGGCCCACGGCUAUGCCUUCAGCUCAGUGGAAGAGCUGCUUCACUCCCUGGGGGGGUCUGGCUUCCUCAACAUGACACACCGCUCGCUGUCUGAGUCCCUGCUGGAGCUGGGCGUGUCCCAGCGCUUCAUAGACGAGGUCAUCGCCCCCAUCACUAGAGUCAACUACAGACAGAACAACAGCAUCCCUGCCUUCGUAGGUGCAGUGUCGCUAGCCGGUGCUCAGUCCAACCUAUGGGCGGUGGAAGGAGGCAACAAGCUGGUGUGCUCAGGCCUGCUGAAGCUGGCUAAAGCCAACCUGGUCCAGGCCCAGGUCAAGACCAUCUCUCCACAGACCAACGGAGAGAGCGUCCAAUACCAGCUGACUUACUCCUCAGGUUCUGGAAAGGAGGCGGGGCUCUAUGACAUAGUGGUAGUGGCCACGCCCCUUCAGGACAGCGUGGACUCUGGGGUCUCCUUCCAGGGGUUUGACCCUCCGUUACCUAUUAGCCCCGGCUCUUACCACCACACUGUGGCAACCGUCGUCCACGGUUACCUAAACUGCUCCUACUUUGGGUUCCCAGACCCACGUCUGUUCCCGUUCACCAGCGUGCUCACCACCGACACCCCCGGUCUGUUCUUCAACAGCGCCGGCAGCAUCUGCCCCGUCAACAUCUCUGCCGGGUUUCGCAGGAAACAACCACAGGAAGCCGGGGUCUACAAGGUGUUCUCCCCGAGACCUCUGGAACGGGCCGAGCUCAAGACCCUGUUCCGGUCCUACUACUCCGUUCAGGAGACGGACUGGCAGGCAUACCCGCGGUAUGGCAAUGCGGAGGGCCAGAGCCUGCCCGCCGUGGAGCUGGGCGCCAACCUCUACUAUCUGAACGGCAUCGAGUGGGCAGGCAGCGCCAUGGAGAUGAGCUCGGUGGCGGCAAAAAAUAUAGCCCUGCUGGCUUUCCACCGGUGGAACCGAUCACCCGAAAUGGUCGACCAGAAGGAGCUCAUGCACAAGAUAAAGACCGAGCUCUGACUGGGAGAGAUGGACACACUCACACACACACACACACUCACACACAGACAACAGGGUUAGAUGGCCUGAGAGGGGGGGGGGGUGACUGCAUGCACAACUGAAGAGAUGUGACUCCUGUAUGCAUGACUGCAGCAUGAGACUGCAAUUCCUGUCAUUUCUGCUAUACUUUUUCCUGAAAUGCAACCUUGCCUGAGAACAUGUAAGAGCAGAACCAAGAUCAAAAAAGAUAUUAGACUAUGCCUAACCUUAUGAGGCCUUCUGAGUUGUGCUGAGGGUUUGAUGUUGUUUACAGAGUUAGACUGGAAAUGAAUCCCCAGAAUGAUGACCCCUUCCCUCAUACACGCACACCCCAAGUGUACCUACGAGGGUGGGGUGUGGGGGUAUCCCACCUGACUUAAUGCUUCUACAGCUGUGCGGGCUGUCUGGAUCCAACCCCCAAGGCUACCCUAGGCUUGAUGGCACUGUGUUCACACUCCGUAGUCAACAAUGAAGAGAGGAAAAUGCUAUUAGAUUUCAAUGAUCUAUGACAGAUUAUCGGAUAGUAUAUUAUCAACAAGACAUCUUAUGUUUGUGUGUGCAACUAACUGCUUGUACAUAUUGUAGCAGGUUGAGGGGUGUGGGGUUUACACAACAUCAAGCUCAAUAAAACACACAGUCCAAUUUCCAUGCAACUGUGUCUUUAAUCUGUCACAUACAUACACCACAGUUUCUGGUCACGCUCCCUUCUUAUAUGCAAACACUCAAUUAAUCGCUCAAUGAGACUCAGCCUGUCUCGUUGCUGCAGGAAGUCCCUACAUGGCUCGGGGGUGGAUCCAACAGGCUGCCAGAUAUUUUCCCUCAAUCACAACUCACCCCUCCCUGCCGGCUGCCACAAUAUGUAAGGAUAAACACUCAACAAUUUAGCAUUUCUGAGAGUUGCGUUGCCAUUUUGUUGUGUGCUCUGUAAAGUAAAAGCUUCGUAAAAGGAAUAUUUUAGGACAUCAUACAAUUUUAACUGUCAAAUUAUGAAU